GAGGUCCCGUACACCGGGACUUUCCGAGGCUACCGAUCGAGUAAGUACAAUUUUCAUUAUGAUUCUCAGUUCUAGUCGACUCGUCAGUUAAUGCAGUAUAAAACCAUGUGAGGUCAAAUUGUACGUAAAAGAUUCGCCUUAUUUCUUUUCAUAGCAGUCAUGGAAAAGCCUGCUCGCUACAAAGCAAAAAGUAAAAAACCCGCCGCUAAACCAAAAACGGCAAAGAAGCGUAAAAGUGACGGACCCACUUGCUCUAUGUUUUUGGCUGAAUUAACCAGAAAACUGGCAUCCAAAAAGAAACAAGAAGAAGAAUCCCCAAAAAAUAUUGUUCAAACAAUAAUAGACAGCAUAACAAAUGCGUUACCAGUCAAGCUUUCAAGAAAAUCUCCACAGAAAUGUCCAUCGCCUAUGAAAAUUGAGACGUUACAAACAUUAGCACCAGAAUUAAUACCCAAUGACUCAUUAAAUUUCCCUGCACCCGCAACCACAGCUAGCAACAUCGAAGAUGCUUCUAUGGAUUAUCUAGAAAUCCUCAGUCCACCAAGACCUGGAUCUUUUAAGAUGCCCAAAAUGCCUUUAAUUAAUAGUGACGAAUUAAAGGCAUCAGCAGAAAAGAAGAGGAAAGCUCAAACACAAGACCAAUCAGUUAAUACAGGAACAGAUCACGAUGUUGCCUCAGAAAUAGCUAAACAUGUUGGCACAUUAAGGAAAAUCUCGUUGAUAGCUGAAGAGUUUAACCAAAAAACUGCGAAAAAUUUAAAAGAAAUAGUCGACAGUGUCCAAGAGGAUUUGAUAAAGAAACUGGAAGAGAUACGAGCACAACAGAAACUCCAUUCAGAGAGAACAUUGCACAUCAGUGAAGAUCAAAGCAUCGUCGAGGACGAUGACACUACUGGCGACUAACCAAGAAGUUUGAUCACUUUAGAAGAAAACAUCUCGUGUCAAAUUACCGUUGUCAAAAUAAAAUGCAAUAAUUUUUAGAUUCUCAUAAAAUUGAUUGUUAAAAAUUUAAAUAAACAAAAACAAAGCA